GCGGAUCAACGUGAGUAGCCGCUAGAGUACGAUGACCUGCUCGAUUUACGCGUUACGUGGCGAAUCGUGGUUGCGUCGUAAGGAACGUAAGGCAAGAUCCGUUGAAUUCUGUUUAGCCGUUAUUUCUCGAAGAACGAUAUAGCGCGAUUAUCGUAUGGGGCCUACAAUAACGAUAGACGCGUGGCAAGGUUCGCGAUAUAGGUAGGGGGAAAGAACGAGGAGCGAGUGAGCGAGCGAAUAUCUCACCAGACAAAGAAGGGAAGAGAAACGAGAGCAGGAGAAAGAGAAAGAGAAAGAAGAAGAAAAAGAGCGAUCGCGUAUGUGAAAAAGAAAGAGAAAGAGAAAGGGGGAGAGAAAGAGAGACAGAGAGCGAUAAAGGGAAAGAAGCAGAGGAACGAAGGCGCCUUGGUGGACCACGAGGCAACAACGACAAACGGCGCACACAUCGGCUCGUGCGAACAUGGCCCGGAAGGUGCGCGCGAGGCUACUGCGCAGAGUCUUGUUUUGCUCGGCUGGACGAGGGGAAUACGGAGGCAGACGCGCGUUCACGGGGCAUGGCGUGGUGCGCGUUCUAGUAAACAACUUGUGUGCGACUCGUGCGGGGAAUCUCUCGCGCGGUUAACGAAGUUUCAUCGUGGUUCUAGAAUCGUGUUGUUUUCUGGUGCGCGUAUGUGUGUACGUGUGUGGUGGUCGCCUUACUCGUGCUUACAUAGAGAACAAGUGUGUUUCGCGCGGUGCUGACCGAUAUUCCCAGUGUCAUCGAUCGACCCUUGAUCGUCCGUCCUCCAGUCUCUCGACGUUUCGCCGGAGGAGCAUCCGGCAGUUCUUCCACCGUAGUGUCGACACGGAUGACCGAUGAUCCAUGUAGAACCGGAAGAACCGGCGUACGAAGAUACUCGAUCCACCUUGUCGUUCGUCACUUCCAGCGAAUCGAUUCGUCUCGUAAAUGUCCGUGAAACUGAAGGAAAAAGAGAAAACGGUGAAACAGGACACUGGUGCGAACAUGGAAGGACUACAAUGUUGUGGAUUAUUAGGUGAAGUAUCGUGAGAUCGGUAGGAAAAAGAAAAGAUAACGCGGCCCGUUAUCGCGUAGCCGUGGCAUGACCGUGACGAGAAGAAGAAGACGACGAAGAGGAAGAAAUCCCACGGUUCGUACGGUGGUGAUAUCAAGGAACAUUAAACGCGAGUCGAUCGAUCUCCGUUAAACUCGAAUCGGAGAUCACGAAGAGAAAGUACGAGCGAAGUGGAUCGCUCGAUGGAGUCGUUCGAGCCACCGAUCGAUCAACAUCGGUUUCGUAACUCGAACGGCUGAUAUUCGGAUUAUACUCGAACGACUCGAAGAGAUGACUAUUCUGGGACAGCUCUCGAGUAUUCCUCGAAAGAAAAUUCAAUCUCGUUUUUUGCAAAGUGAAAAAAGUAGAAGUGAGAAGAAAGCUCGAAUAGGAUGAACGAGAAAGCUUGAGUAGAUCUUGAAACCCAUCCUGAUCAUCCCGGCAAGAGUUGCCAGUUGCUAAGGCGCAGAGAAAGGAAAACGGAAGACUGAGGAAAAUGAACGAGAAGGUCGAAAGAGUCUGAGUAAAUAUCUUGGCCAUUGAUCCAUCGGGUGUAGAUCGUCAAAGGGUGAUCCUGGACGAGCAGCGGAUUUCUAGCUUCGCCAAAGGGUUGCGAAGGAUGAAGUCAACGUGGUGCAUGCGCAGGCUCGGUAACGCGGCGUCCGAAGACGAGUCGGCUGAUACAACAACAGCAGUCGUCAAGUCUUGCACGACGACCGCUGCUUGUUGCACGAAUGUCAACCCCCUCGGCUGUCACUGCCGCUGUCUAAACGCUGACGAUCACUCCUCCCUACCCGCAGACUCGUCCGCUCGUUCUGCGCGGGCCAGUUGUGAAAUCUGCGAGCGUCUCCGGGAUCCCGAGGAACCCGAUGCGACGGAUACGCGCACGAUGACUUCCUUCAGGACAUCGCACCGCGACACCGCUCGUCGCAGCCUGCGCUCCUCGUCGAACAGCUGCGCGUCAAGCGUCGUGCGAUGGGGCUGGUUCAGCAGACAGACCUUGAUCUGGCUUACCCUGUUCCUAAUGGUACUCGUGUUCCCUGCUCUCACCGAUUCACAAAAAGGAUCCACUAAGAGUUUCGCCAAAGAAGAGGGAGUGUGCCAAAGUAUCGACAUUAGGAACAGGGUAAGUAAUUUUCAAAGACUGAAGGGGUGCCGCUUAGUCGAAGGAUUUGUACAAAUUUUGCUAAUUGAAGAGGUUACGGGGCUCGCCGACAUUUCAUUCCCGGAACUGAAGGAAAUUACCGGAUACUUACUUUUGUACAGGGUGAUGGGGUUAUCUAGCAUCGGUCAACUGUUCCCUAACCUGACCGUGAUUCGUGGCCAUUCAUUGUUCAUCAACUAUGCCCUUGUCGCGUUCGAGAUGAUGCAUCUUAAAGAGAUCGGCCUCCACAGUCUGACCACGGUCGUGCGUGGUUCCGUUCGAUUCGAAAAGAAUCCUGUGCUUUGUUACGUGGACACGAUCGACUGGGACUUGAUAACUAAAGCUGGCAAAGGAGAGAACGUCAUCUCGGGAAACAAUCGUAAGAAUGGAUGCCCGGUGUGCGAGAAACACUGUCCGCAAAGACUGACCAAACAGGACGAGUACCUGUGCUGGAAUCAAGAACACUGCCAACGAAUAUGCGACCGAACGUGCGAGAACAACGCUUGCGACGAGACAGGAAAAUGUUGUCACCCGACGUGUCUGGGUAUGUGUACCGGACCGACGAAUCGCGAUUGCGUCGUCUGCAAGUACGUGGUUAGCCUCGACAACGAGUGUAGGGAACGCUGUCCGAACGACACCUACGAGUUCAUGGAUCAUCGGUGCAUCGACGAGGACAAGUGUAGACGGAUGGGGAAACCUCGCGAGGCGGCGUUAAACGUAAAGAAACAUCCGUACAAACCUUUCAACGGCAGCUGCGUGAUGGAGUGCCCACCAGGCUACAUGGAGGACGAGGAGGCGAACGGCAAGGGUUCGUGCAAAAAGUGCGAGGGUCCCUGUCAAAAAGAUUGCGCCGGUGCUAACGUGGACAGCAUCGCCUCGGCCCAAAAGCUACGCGGUUGUACGCAUAUAACUGGUAGCCUUGAGAUCCAGAUACGCGGCGGUAAGAACAUCGUGAAGGAACUGGAGGAUGGUCUGAGCACCAUAGAGGAGAUCGACGGAUAUCUGAAGAUCGUACGAAGCUUCCCGCUAAUAUCUUUAAACUUCCUAAAGAACCUACGCGUGAUACGAGGCAACGACAUCGACAACUCCAAGUACACUCUGCAAGUGAUGGACAACCAGAAUCUUCAGGAACUGUGGGACUGGAGCUGGCACAAGGACAUACAGAUAUUGUCGAAAAAUGGCCCUGGCAAGAUCUUCUUCCACUUGAAUCCAAAACUGUGUCUGUACAAGAUCGAGAUACUGCGCGAAAAAGCGGGCCUGCCUCCGUUCACGGACUACGAGGUGGUGCCGAACAGCAACGGCGACAAGGUGGCAUGUAACGUCACCGAACUGAAGACUAGGGUGGGCACAAAGUCACCGUGGGGCGCGGUGAUCGAAUGGGAACCUUUCAUCCAUCACGACGCGAGAUCUUUGCUAGGCUACGUGGUUUACUUUAUCGAAGCACCGAAUCAAAACGUGACGAUGUACGACGGAAGGGACGCAUGCGGCGGCGACGGAUGGAAGGUGGACGACGUGGCUGCCAGCACGAACGCCAACCUGACGGAUGCAUCGAAGAUCCCUGGCCGGCAGGAGAAGAACGUAUACACGCACUACUUGUCCCAACUGAAGCCCUAUACCCAGUACGCUUAUUACGUGAAGACUUACACGAUUGCCACGGAGAGGUCCGGAGCGCAGAGCAAAUUAAUGUACUUUAGGACGAUGCCGGAAGCUCCUAGUUCGCCCAGGUCCCUUUUCACUUGGAGUAAUUCGAGCAGCGAGCUUCACAUGUCCUGGUUACCGCCACUUCACAAAAACGGAAAUUUGACCCACUAUCGGAUCCUUGGUAGAUGGGAGCCCGACGAUCCCAAUUUCAUCGACCAAAGGAACUACUGCGAGGAACCCAUACUGCUACCGGACAAGAAAGCGAUCACACUGGCGGAGGAAGAGAGGAAACGGAUGGAGGAGGAGAAGGAGCAGAGCAUCACGCCGGAAACAGAGACCUGCGAGUGCCCGGACCGAGAAACCGAUCAGACUAUUCGAGAAAAGGAAGCUUCCAGCGCAAUCGCUUUCGAGGAUGCGCUUCACAAUCAGGUCUACGUGAAACGAAAGACCAACGUAAGAAGAAAACGCGAUCUCGACGAAUUUUCUUUCCUUCCUUCUUCUAGGAAACCGAAAUCGGUGGAUCAGCCUGUCGUGGACAAGUUGGAGAACGGCACGUAUGUGGUGUUCGAGCGUCUGGUGAACAGUACGAAUCUCUCGUUCGUGAUGAGAAAUUUGCGCCACUUCGCCGCCUACAACAUCGAGGUGCAGGCGUGCAGAGCUCAAGAAAUGAACGACACGUUCAAGAAGUGCUCUACGAAGAGCAUGCGGACCUAUCGCACGUUGCCGAUGAAGGCCGCUGAUAAUAUUCCCUCGAAUACGUUCAAGAUGAGCAUAUCCGGCGAGAACAACAGUCUCACGAUGGUCACGCUUCAGUGGGACGAACCACCGCAGCCAAACGGUCUGAUCAUCACCUAUCAAAUCGAAUACAAAAGAGUCGACAUUCAAAACUACAAACCAACGGUAGUCUGCAUCACUAGACGCGACUUCACGAAAGCGGGCAACUUGUACGUCCUGAAGGAACUGCCGUCCGGUAAUUACUCCGUCAAGGUUCGAGCUACCAGUCUGGCGGGCUACGGUGACUACACCCAGGUCAAGUACUUUUACAUCGACGAACGAAACGCCCUGGGCAUCUUCUGGGUUAUAUUCUGGUUGCUGCUGUGCGCGAUCCUCAUGAUUCUCAGCUUUGCUACGUUCUACGUGUACAAACGCAAGUACACGAGGAACGUGCCAAACGUAACACUGAUAGCCACGGUGAAUCCCGAGUACGUGAGCACCCCGUACGUGUUGGACGAGUGGGAGGUGCCUAGAGAAAAGAUCGAGCUGCUCAGGUCACUGGGCAACGGUUCCUUCGGUAUGGUGUACGAGGGAAUAGCCAGGGACAUCGUGAAGGGUAACCCGGAAGUACGGUGCGCCGUGAAGACGGUGAACAAGGACGCUACCGAUCGAGAACGCAGCGAGUUCCUCAACGAGGCCUCGGUGAUGAAGGGUUUCGACGCUCACCACGUGGUCAAGUUGCUGGGCGUGGUUACUCGAGGUCAACCAACUUUGGUAAUCAUGGAACUGAUGGUUAACGGUGAUUUAAAGACGUACUUGAGACGCCACAGACCAGGUGCCUGCGAGGAAACGAAUGUACCACCGAGAUUGGACCGAAUACUCCAGAUGGCGAUCGAGAUCGCCGACGGCAUGGCCUACCUUUCCACCAAGAAGUUCGUUCACAGAGACUUGGCUGCGCGUAAUUGCAUGGUAGCCGAGGAUCUGACCGUGAAGGUGGGCGAUUUCGGAAUGACCAGGGACAUUUAUGAGAGAGAUUACUAUCGAAAGGGAAGCAAAGGUCUUUUACCGGUCAGAUGGAUGGCGCCGGAGAGCUUGAAGGAUGGCGUGUUCAGUAGCUAUUCCGAUGUUUGGAGCUAUGGGGUCGUGUUGUGGGAGAUGGUGACUUUCGCGUCGCAGCCUUAUCAGGGUUUAUCGAACGAUCAGGUUCUCCGGUACGUGAUCGAGGGCGGAGUCAUGAAACGACCAGAGAAUUGCCCCGAAUUGUUAUACGAACUGAUGAAGAGGACUUGGAGGCACAAGGCGACCAAACGACCCACCUUUAUGGACAUAGCGACCACCUUGCUGCAACACAUCGACUCGGAUACCUUCAAGUUGAUCAGUUUUUACCAUAGCACGGAGGGAAUCGACGCUAGGAAUCAAACAAGAUCGACGUCGCCUCAAAUCGAUCAGCACCUAGAGUUGGCCACUUUGCAAGACCUGCAGGAAGAGGAGGCAGAGGGCGAGGAAGACUCUCCAUUGAGGCAGGAUUUCGACGACUUUGCGAGUUUCGAUCCCAGCAGUAUUAAGAACAGUUUCAGUCCUCACUACAGAGUGGACUCUUACGGUGAAAACUCGAAAGCGACCGCCAAUUGCCACGAUCUAAACUCCUCGAACGUGCCACUGAAGGCUGGCUUCGAUGAUUUCGACGGUGUCUCCGCGGAUUCUGCAAUCUCUGGAAAAGAUGCGUUGAACCUGCCCUUCGUCGAGGACAGCCUCAAGUCCGUAAAGACUUCGCCGUUCAUAAACGCGAAGAGUGGGUCGCGUAGCAAUCUCAGUCAAUUGUCGACGAGCAACAGAUCGGGCAGCCCGAGGAGCACGGGCAAACGAAGCUUCCUGAGUAGUCCAAACUCGUCCAAGUUGACGAAUCCACCGGACUACGAGAACGGUAGCCCGGAAAUCCUGUCUGCCGUCGAGAAGAAGGAGACUGUACCGUUACGAGUCGAUUUCCCAUCCAUGGACGCGAUGGAUAUCGACAACGGGAUCGAGAAGAAGGAGACGAUCUCGACGGUCGAAUACGUGAACAAACCAGAGACGUUGAACAACGGUUAUAUCGGCGGUGCAACCACGUAGUCUUAACGCGUUCGCGGCCCGGGUUCGUCGCGAUUGAAACUCCAAGACACUUGGAAUUUCUCAACUCGAACUGACUGAUACACGCUCGCGUUGAUUGCUGGGGGCAGCGAACGCGUCUAUCGUCGAGAAUCAUGUUAUCUAGUAUUUCUAUGAUCGAACGAACAUGUUCGGAAGGGGCAGUGUCUGUGCAACGAUUCCGCGAGUUAUCAUUUCUUAACGCUAACGUUCCAAACGGAAGAAAAACAAAGUCUUGACCAGGCGUGUUUUGCACAGACUCGAGCAACGUCUUUUAGAAUGAGAAGAUUUAUUAUCCGUAAGUUGUAUCUUUUAAGCCUUUAAACGCGAUAUUUGACUUGGAUUUUUAUUCUCGACGUUAACGGGAUUGCUUUCAUACGGCCGUCUCUCUCUCUCUCUCUCUCUCUCUCUCUCUCUCUCUCUCUCUCUCCAGGUAUACCAGGUGUCAUGUCACUCUCGUGAGAAGCAUUAGUUUUAAAUACGUAUAAGUUCGUUAACAGCAGACACUGCCUUUUUUACGCUGAUGGAAGAAAAAGAUGCGAAUGAAAGCGAGACAAACGAAGACAACUGGCCAAAUUGCAGCCAUGUACGCGAAAAGUUUACGUUAAUUAUUUCUUACGUGUAUCCCGCGUUCGUCUCGGCCACGAGGCUAUCGAACAACGGGGAAAACAUCGGCUUCCUUUCGUUCAUACCGCGUUAGAGAAUUUAUCAAAGUGGCGAUUAAGAAAGCCAAUUAAUCCACGGCUACGCUACGAUGAUUCUAUGCGUAUAUAUUUUACGAAGGAACGAACGCACGGAUGAACGCGCUUAAUUGCCACUUUGCACGGUUUUAGGCUUUUUACCAGUUACACUGUCGUAUAUUAUAGAUUAGAUUACGUUCGUUAGGGAGAGAGAAUUAUAUAGCUGGACGCAGAUUCAGAAUGCAGAGUCGUUAGUGAGUAUAGGAGACGAAAGAGUAAGAAUCUUGUCGCUUUUUCUCUCGCGUUCGGCCACGAGAAAGCUCGUUUCAUUCUACUCCUCGAAAUCGUGCAAUAGAAUUGUUCGCGGUUCAUCCACGACCCCCCGCUGCCCUUCUCCAUUGGUGCUAAACGCGAGCGAAUCGAAAGAUGAAAUGAUAAACGAGAACGUGUACGAAUUUUCUCGUGCCCAUCGCGCGAUUACGAAAAGCGGUUCGAUGGAAAUUCAAUCGGACGAGAGAACCCUCGAAUCGUCGAAGAUAAAGUACAUACAUACGUUGACAAAAAGCCCUAGAUGCAAACGAGCCUCUAACACAGAAGACUGAUUAGCUAAUCCCAUUUAUUACGCCCGUAUUCGCUGAGUAAGUUAAACGUUAUCGAACGAAAUGGUAGAAGUUCCAUACACGUGUAUAUGUAUAUACGUAUUUUCUCAUCUUCGCAACGGCUAUUCUACUCUGUUUUUGUUUGUUUUAUUUUUUUUUUUUUAUUUUUUUCCUAUUCUCCUUCGGUUCACGCUCGUCAAGUAUAUCCAUUAGAGCUGUUGACUUCUAAGAUAUUUGACUAACCGGAUAUUCGAAUCAAUAGCCCUAGUAUCCACGUAAGAUGCGACCUUUCUCCAUGAGAAUCACUACUGUCGCUCGUACUUUGUUCCUUUCUCGCGUCCUUCGCGCACGGCUGGUCGAAAAGAGUGUUCCGCGAGACGCGAAAAGCCACGGAGGACGACAACAUUUGAAAUUCAUGGGAAACUUCUUUCCUCGACCUCGCGGAACGGUCUUUCUGCUGGCGUCGCGAAUCAGUAACUUAAACCGCUGUAACGAGAUUCGAGCACCAAUGACCUAAUACCAAGUACCUAUUCUACUCUGUCUCUAAUUAACACGCUUUAACGCAUCACCGUACGUUUCGGUCGGAGCAACGAGAAUCGUACAAAUACAGAACGGCGCGACACAGCGUCCGCUCGCAGAGAAGAGCGCAACAGAGUUUCGAUUCGGCGUUUGCGCUUUAUUCAAAUUGUCUCGACGAAAAAUUGUCGGUCGGAACGCGCGUUCGUUUUCUCCUCGUCGAAAACAAAGUGCCAAGAAGCGGGAACCGACGAGAGGAGGCUCGACGUCGCGCGAGCACGGCUGGCCAGGAAGCUUAUCUGUUUUUUCGCAGCUUACGCUCCGUCUCGCUUAACGUUAACGCGCGCUAUACAAAAUAGAAUACCCUCGUUCUCGAAUGUUGCGUCCCGCGAAAAGACGCGCGUCUCUUUAAACGCUUUAAGUUAAGAAAGAAGAACGGAACGCGAGUCGCCGAUCCGUCGAUCAGACGAAGCACGCUCGCGUCACCGAUCGUUGUAUUAUAAACUUUUGUCAAGCCUCGCUCGUAUUUAGUGUAACACGGAUUGAAAAAAAAAAAAAAAAAAAAAAAAUUAACAAACCAGUUAACGCUUAGAUCGUAUUCGUACUUGCGCGCGUGCAUGCGCGCGGCGCUCGUCAACUGCGCAUGCGCGGGUGCGCGCGCAGACAAAUCCGCGUACGGCGCUAUAAGAUUAAUCAGAAAUGUUUCCUACGGAGCGACGAGUUCUCUCUAUAUCAUACAAAAUGCGGCUCGUGGCUAUAAAUGAGAAAAAGAAAAAUGAAAUUUCUUAGGCCUAUAAUACAUAUAGUUUUGAGAUCGUGUAAUAUAUACAUAUACAUCUAUGUAUAUUAAGAACGAAGAUGUUGGUAAUUGAGACGAAACACGCGUAAGGUUUUCGAAAGGAUUGCGCGAGAUGCGCGUAUGCGUGCGCGUGUCUCUUUGCGCACCAUUAAUAUUUUAAACGGUAAACGAGUGAAUGAAUGUGCCCGUGUGUAUGUGGGUGGGUGAGUGGCGACGUAAACACGCGAAAACGAUGCUACCGAUCGCAGCGAGACAGGAACAAGUUCGUCCGGCCGUCACUGACAUCCGGCGAGUAAGCGCGCGCAAUUUGACUGUCGCCGCGAGAACGCGUCGAAUAUUCCGCAAUCGAUUAAUCAUUGAUUGCGAAACGACAAACGUUUCAUUCCUCGAUUCAUCCAAACAUCUCCUGUUCUCCGAUCAUCGCAUCCAUUCGCGGGAAUUCUUUUGGAAAAAGUUUUUACGUCAAAUCACUGGUCACUCUCUUGGAGAACUAUUUGACGCAUGGUAUUUCAUUUUCAGAAGCUUUUACAUUUAAGUUUAUCCUAACGAUUAGACGUUGCGAGUAAUGUCUGUAUUUCCUUUCCUUUUUUUUUUAAUUUUUUUUUUUUUUUUUUGAUCAAUUUAUAGCGUGUCUCUUUACCUUGCAGAGAACAGCGUAACUUAUGAUAAGUAUGAUACACGUCGAGGACUGUCCUCUUGUUCCUAUUCCGUAUCGUUUCAAUAUUUUUUCCUCCUUGUUUUUUGUACUCUUAACUCUGCAAUUUACGUACGAUUAGUCAUAGAUGUAACACGAGUAACCUAAGAUUUUUUUUUUUCUCUCUUUUUUUGCGACAAUUUAUGAUUAAGUAAAGUUUAGUAGAGAUACGUUCAACGAUUGGGCAAAAUUCGACGACACUUUUCUUCCGAGAUUUUCUCCUCGAGGAUCAGGAUUCUUACGUUAUUUCCUUUUUUUAUCCAUUUUUCUAUAACGCGCGAAGUUUGCCUCUCGGUUCUGUCCAAGAUCGAUUCCUCACGCGACUGCUCAAUGUUAGAUUGCUCAAGCCCAAUUAUUAGAUUGCGAAACCGAUCAGGGAAACAUUGUCGCAUGCUCCGUACCGAGAUUGAAUUUAAAAAAAAAAAAAAAGAAAAGAAAAAAA